ACAAGCGGUGCGUGCGCGCGCGUGCACCGAGAUCUUUGCGCGCCUUCAGUGCGCCUGUGAUGCGGGACGAGCGCCAAACGUCCCCAAACAGCGCAGGAUUACACAAGAAGAAAAAGGAGGGGGGCAAAAAGUGGACCCGCGCGUGUCACGCUCUUCCGAUCGAGCGUGCGCAUCAGCGUGGGCCAAGCCAAGCGAGUGGACGGACGGUGAGGCGCCGAUGCCCGGCUUGAGUCGCCUGCUGGCGGCGCGAGCGACGCGAGGGUGGCGGCGAGCGAAGAUGGCGAGCUCUCGGGAGCGCUUUUAAACCGGCGGAGAUACACUAAAAUCGGAUGCGGUGCGCAGGUUCCUGCCCUCCCUUCUCUUCCUCCACCGCUUCCAUCGUUCCAUCUCUCCUGUUGUGUUCGGAGGCUGAGGCGAGUGGAGCGGCAUGUGGGCGAUGCUGCCACAAGGGAUGCAUUGUGGCGCUGGCUGAGAUGCUCCGUAACACCCGUUGCAUGCGUUGAUUUCAAGAGGGAAAGCAGCCUCGUAGGACGUCAGCACCUGUUCGAUCAGCUCUGCGCCAGCGAGUGGCCCCGAGAUGACGCCGUGAGGUACGCCCUUUCCUGCCAUCCUCCCAGCCCCUGAUUGCUGCGUCCAUCGGGGAUGCGGACAGGCCGGCUCGCAGCAGCGUGACUCUGAUCUGGGAUCAGCUGGAUGCUCGAUGGCCUGAUUGCCACAUGAAAACAGUUGGGGCCUUUCUAGUUGAAAAUCCCUCACUGCACGCUAGCACAUGGAUUUCAAGACCUCAAAUGAAGAGACAAAGACUGGGAUUUAUUUGAUGCAAGAAGGUAAUGAGGAGCCGUUUAAUAUCCGACUGCACUUGGCUAAAGAUAUUCUGACCAUUCAGGAGCAAGAUGUCAUCUGCGUGUCGGGAGAACCUUUCUAUUCAAGCGAAAGGACUGUAACAAUACGGAGACAGACCAUCGGAGGGUUUGGCCUCAGCAUCAAGGGUGGUGCCGAGCAUAAAAUCCCUGUGGUGAUAUCCAAAAUAUCCAAAGAACAAAAAGCUGAACUCUCUGGGCUGCUUUUCAUUGGCGACAGUAUCCUCCAGAUAAAUGGAAUCAACGUGAGAAGCUACCGCCACGAGGAAGUGGUUCAGGUGUUGAGGAAUGCUGGUGAAGAAGUGACUCUCACAGUCUCUUUCCUCAAGAAGACCCCGGCCUUCCUUAAACUGCCUCUGAGUGAGGACUGCAUGUGCAUCCCCAGUGACCAGAGCAGUGGCACCUCAUCUCCUUUGUGUGAUAGCGGCCUACACUUGAACUACCAUCCAAAUAACACGGACACGCUGUCCUGCUCGUCGUGGCCCACUUCCCCGGGCCUCCGCUGGGAGAAAAGAUGGGUGGACCUGCGCCUUCUACCUUUGCUGCACUCUCGCCUCUCCCAGCACAUGCCAGGCUCUGAUGUGUGCAGGAAAAAUGCUUUCCAGGUUGUGGCCGUGGACGGGGUGUGCAGCGGUGUCCUCCAGUUCCCCUCGGAUGAGGACUGCUUGGACUGGCUUCAGGCUGUCGGAGGCAACAUCUCGGCUCUCACUAAGCGCAACGUGAAGAAGAUCAACCGGAAUUUUCCAGUCAACCAGCAGAUCAUCUACAUGGGAUGGGCCGACGAGAAGGAGCAGGACUGCGUCCAGGACCGAAUGUACUCACCAAAGUUCCUUGCUUUGAGGGGUUCCUCUCUCUUCAAGUUUUCCGCUCCCCCGGUGACAACAUGGGACUGGACAAGAGCAGAGAAAAGUUUUACCGUUUAUGAAAUUAUGUGCAAGACUUUAAAGGACAAUGAGCUGGUGGACAAGAGGAGGCACUGCUUCAGCGUGCAGACGGAAACUGGCGAGGACAUCUUCUUUAGCGUGGAGCUGGAGUCCGAGCUGCUCGUUUGGGAAAAGGCCUUUCAGAUGGCCACUUACCUGGAAGUGGAGCGGAUACAGUGUAAAACAUAUGCCUGCAUCAUGGAGAGCCACCUGAUGGGACUAACCGUGGACUUCAGCAUGGGCUUUGUGUGCUUUGACGCCGCUUCCAAGGCUGUCCUUUGGAGAUACAAAUUCUCUCAGCUGAAAGGCUCAUCAGAUGACGGAAAAAGCAAAAUCAAGUUUUUAUUCCAAAAUCAAGACUCCAAAUCUAUUGAAGCAAAGGAGCUGGAGUUCUCCAACCUGUUUGCGGUACUUCAUUGCAUUCACGCUUUCUUCGCCGCCAAGGUGGCGUGCCUGGACCCCAUGUUUGUGGAGAGCCGGGCCACGGCGGCUAACGCCGGCAUUCCUUCGCUGGGGAGCAUCUCGUGCAAUUCGCACACGCCCAAGCUGAAAUACAAGAACACUUGACGCAACGUUUCUGCUUUUGGCGUGACCGUAGCCUCAAACGCUGGAUGGGGGGGGACAAAAAGCCUCCAUGGGAGGUUUUGACGCGGACACUUCUGGAAAAUGCCUGAAAUCUCAUUCACAGCUUUUCUGGGAAGAGUCUCCACACAAAAAGACUCAAUGGACACCAAGUGUGCAUUUAUUUCAACAUCUUUUUAAGUGCAGCCACUCAGCUCCUGUAAUAUCGGUAUGAAUAUUAAUAUUAUGAUUGACACAUAAAAUACGGCUACUUUUAUAUGAACCUUUAAUGAGGAUUUAAACUCUUCCUGUGUUUGGGCAAAGACCAUCAGUCUGACACUACAUGGACAAAAGUCUUGGGACUAAUUAUGGUAUUCGUCAUUUAGGGUUUCACACUUGUUUUGUCCAACCUCUGAAAAAGGUUUGCUACGAAUGACAAGAUUUGGAAAGAUUCGCUUGUGAGUCAUCAAGGCAGUGCGUGGUAGGCAGCUCAUCACUCUCAUUUUUCUUCUUCUUCUUAAUCACUUCCAGGUGUCGUGCGUCUCAGUACGUUUGUCCACAUACUUUACGACAGUAGCAGCAAAAUGAGAUCUGCAGGAGGAGUCUGCAUUCAUAUCAUUUUUCAGGGCAGCAUUAAAUGGAUUACAGGAAUUUGACUCCACCACCUACCCCCCCCCCACACUACAAUUUGUAUGAUUGUGUAAAUAAGCAUUGACCCUGAAAUGACCAAAAUUACAAUGUCGGUAUGAUUUGCGGAGUUUGUUUCAGAAGUACUGUAGCUAAGUUAGCUGAUAGUUUCCACUCUCCAUUAUUAACUCACUCUAUGGACCAAUUUAGAAGAAUGCUAAACAAAGCUAUGAUGUUUUCAUUUACUAUCAUGAGUUUGGAUUCUGGUUUGUAAAUAUGAAAAAUGAUAUCGGUGGCAGUGAAUCAAACACAGUGGUGGGGGCAGCUCGAGGCGGGCUAACAUCAACGGUCUAUGGCAGACAAAAUCAGAUUAAUGGGUUUUACAAAAGAUGGUGCUAGCAGUAAUACCCUUCAAACAAAUGAAGAUUCAUGUGAGAUAGAGGAGUUGAUUUUAUUUUUUUGCAGAUGUUUUAUUAACAAAUAUACUGUGUCAUGAAUCAAUAAAGGAAACCUUUUAUAACACUGCUAACUGGGUGAUCGCUUUUCUGCGUUGUACAGGCACCGCCGUUUCAGUCAAGUGAAGAACUGAAGUGUUUGCUGUACAUUGCUACGCCUCAAAGUAAAAUAAACGCCUCCCUCAAAUAGAUAAUUAGUCAGUGGGUACGUUGUUCACAUAAAAAAACAAACUCCCGAAAAUACAGUCAACACGUGCUCCAUUUAGUCUUAGUUAAGACAAACAAACGCCUCAACUGAAUGUUAUUUAACAUUGGCGGCCUCAUGCUAGUAGCAUAACAUUAGCAUUUUGGGCUAAACAAGGUUUAGGGUUAAAUUAGGGUUCAGGUCAGGUAAGGGUUUUGGGUUAGGACUGAGAAAGAGCUAGGUUUGGUGGUUCUAUUUGGGUUUAUGGUGAGGAUUCGAGUGGGGUUACUGUUCUGUGCUGCGAUUAGCAAGUCCACAUUUUGGUGGGUGGCUUAGCAAAAGAAUGUAACGUUGGCUUUUGGUGCUUAAAUAAAAAAGGAUGUUUAUGUAUAUCUAUAGUCGCAGUCCGAAUGAAACAAUAUUUUUAAGGGCAUACCAGAGGCAAAAAUACACAACCAAGAUUAAGUUAGCAUAAAACUACUGAGCUGAAUCAAACCAGGACAAUUAAUGAAAUCUAAUUCCCCAAAAAUUGGAUUCAUCUUGCACUUGCGUCUGUUAUUACUCAGUUUGAUUAGAAAAUGCAAGUAACCCUGAUGAUGUCAUCACAGAGGCAUCACAACAUUCAGUGGCAAAUGCACUUUUGUAGCUUCUUUGUCUUGGAUUGUGUGAACACUUACGCCACGUGGUUGUUUGUAGUGUGUUGCACUAAGUGCACCGGUUCAGCAUCUUUACCGUCGUCAAUUCUCUCCACUCAGAUGCCAAAUGAAACGCUGCAGUUAAAGUGACAAGCGGGGGCAGGAGAUUGUGAUUGUGACCUUUAUUCUGGUGCCAAACCUCCACAGAGAAACAACACAUUUUC